GCUGUCUUUAGGCAUGAACAUUGUUAGAAACUUUCUUUCUCUUUGCUUUUCAAGACCACACUAGUGGCAUAUGGAUGCUCCAAGGCCAGGGGUCUAAACAGACCCACAGAUUCCAGCCUACGCCACAGCAACGCCAGAUCUGAGCCACCUCUGCGACCUACACCACAGCUCACGGCAAUGCUGGAUCCUUAGCCCACACGUGAGGCCAGGGAUCGAACCUACAACCUCAUGGUUCCUAGUUGGAUUCGUUUCCAUUGCGCCAUGAAGGGAACUCCAGAAACUUUCCUCCCGAGGUGAAAUUCUAUAAAUCUGAGGCUUGGGGCCUUGGUGAGGAACUCUCUUUCCCACAGGUAAAGUGGGCUGUGGCUUUCUUGCCUUUGCUUAGAGCCAGGUACUUGCAUCUCCACGCAUACCUGCCUACCCUGCUAGAGUCACCCUUUCUAACCCAGGCGACUUCAACUUGGGGGGGUCCUUCCUCAGCCUGGCCUGCAGUUCCGUCCUUUCUGGAAAAAGCUGCUACCACAACCACUAGCUGAGCCAUGAAAAGUUCUCAACUCUGAAAAUUUCAUACCAGAUUGAUACUGAACCCAGUUUUGCUGGGCUUGCCACGUGACAGCCCAGUACAAUCGGAGUCAAGUUGUUGAGCCUCUGGAUCGAACCUGCGUCCUCAUGGAUACUAGUCAGGUUCCUUAACCACUGAGCCACAACGGGAACUCCAAUAUAUAGCUUUUUGUAUGUCAACCAUACCUUAGUCAAGUGGUUUUCAAAAAAUGUAACCAAGGAGUUCUCUUGUGGGACAGCGGGUUUGGGAUCCAGCAUUGUGGUGGGGGUUUGAUUCCCGGCCUGGUGCAGUGGGUUAAGGAUCUGGUGUUGCUGCAGCUGUGGUGAAGGUCGCCGCUGUGGCUGGGAUUCAGUCCCUGGCCUGGGAACUUCCAUAUGCCAUGGGUGCAGCCAAACAAUUAAAAUUAAGACUCUUCCUCAUUCAAUUUUUACCACAUGGUGGGUGCCAAGUUUUUACAUAUAUUCUGUUUAAUUUAAUAUUCUUGUCACUCCUAGGACAUAGUUGUCCCCUGCUAUCCAUGGGGGCCUGGUUCCAGAACUCCUGGACAGCAAAGUCCUUGGGAUGAGGGUGGAGCGGGAGAGUUGCACAGGUAGUGGCGGAAGUCCCUUCAGGAACUACAGGCAGACAGGGAGACCCGGGGGACUUUGGGAGAUCACUCUACGUCAACAACUGCCCAAGAAUGCCAUCAGAACGAGGCAGGCUUGCUCGAUUCGUGGAGAGCCUGAGAUGUGCUUCAGGCCAUUGGAUGGGAGAUGGGGUGAGACAGGCAUUCAAGUUCAGACCAAGGGCAGGAGGUUAAGGACCACCCUUCUGCUGAUUUGAAUAAGCACCCUGACAGUCCUAAUUUGACCUUAGAGGGUCAAAUACUCUCUUACUGGAUACGAAGUUGGAGCUACUACUGGAAGAAAGAGGAAGAGGCGGUCUUUUCCCACCCCCACUGCCCUUGGAUUAUAAAACUGCAGCCCAUUGAAUCCUCAGGGCAGAGCCUCCUUGCUGCCCACUUGCAUCUCUCACAAGCAUCCUAUCUUAACAAAUCUAUUUCUUGCCCAUCACUUUGUCUCUCACUGAAUUCCUUGGCGCUGAGACACAACGAACCUGAACUUCAGGAAGUCCAGACACAGGCAAUACUUGAAGAUACAACAAGGACAGGAGCAGCUGAUGAGGCUGGACUGUUCAUUGUCCGGCAGUUCCUCCCUCCACCCCUUCUACCUUGUAAUGGAUUUUGAGAAGCCUUCCGGCUCACUGGGCAGUUGUGAGCAUUACCUAGGCUACAGGUGUUGGAAAUGAACAGCUCUUCUAGAUUUUCCAUUCUUUAAAGGCAGUCGUGUCAUUGCACGAAAAUGUUCCUGAUGCCAACCUCUUCAGAGUUCAGGCGGGGGCAGAGCUUCUUAACCCAGUGGAUGACCAGUCCUUCUCGGGCUGGGGUCAUAGUAAAUCGUGGAUUUCCUCUUCUGAAAGCAGACGAAGAGAAGCAAACAAAUGUGAACAUUUCUCCUGGCUUUCCUAUUAAAGCCACACAUUUUUCAGAUAGCUUCAGCUGUAUGAGCGAAGAAGAUGCACUUCAGGAGGAACAGAAGCUGGAGCCUGGCAGCCCGUACAAGUUCCAGUCGGAUAAACCUGAAGCACAUAGAGUCACUCCUUUAACUCCAGAGGGGCCUCAAGUGGUGGCGUGUCAGGAUGCGCCUGGACCCUGGGAAGACCGCAGAAGUGACCAUGUCUCAGGCCUUGCCCGUGAAUUCAAAGAAGUGGCUUAUAAAGACCCACUUUUUAAAAAGCUGGAACAGCUGAAGGAAGUGCAGCAGAAGAAGCAGGAACAGCUGAAGAGGCAGCAGUUAGAGCAACUACAGAGACUCAUGGAGGAACAAGAGAGGCUGCUGACCAUGAUGUCUGGGCAACGCGCACUCCCAGGUUUAACUCCACUGCCCCAUGACCAGAGCGAGAAGUACAGAUCUCCAGGAAAUUCAGCCCCUGAAGAGAAAGCCAUGCCCUUCUUACCAUCAUAUAUCUACCAGAAUCCAGUGGAAGAAAAAAAACACCUUUCCACCAUUAUAUCUGGAGAACAAAACACCUUGUGUAGAACUAGCCAUCAGGAUUUUGUUUCAGCUUCAAACAGUGGUGCUUCUCCAGAUUUGUUCCAUGAAGCACAGUGUCAAGAAGCAGCCGGGAAGAAGAGUGAUUUGGAGGAGGAAAACCGUGACCACCCUGUGGGAGAAGAUGUUUUACCAUGUUUGGAGAAAUUGACAGAACAGAUUCAGGAAGGGACCAGGAAGAACAUAAAAAACGGUGAUUCCUCAGAAGUGGUUAAUAUUGAAGAAAGGCCUAUUAAAGCUGCUAUUAGAGAAAGGAAACAGACCUUUGAAGACUACUUAGAAGAACAAAUUCGUUUGGAAGAACAAGAACGGAAACAAAAACAGCUAAGGGAAGCAGAAGGAUCCUUACCAAUCAAAGCAAAACCGAAACAGCCAUUCUUGAAACGAGGAGAAGGUUUAGCUAGAUUUACUAAGGCUAAAUCUAAGUUUCUGAAAGGGAGAGAAAGUAAACUAGUGACAACUCAGAGCAUUUCAGAGGACCAACCUGUGCUUAAAUUAGAUAGACAGCAGUUCCAGCGGAAAACUGCUCUUAUGAAUAAAGAAAUGUGUACAGAGAACUGUCUUGUUCAAAAGAACGGUAAAGCGAGAACCAAGAGUGGUUCUGUCACACUCAGUCAGAAGGCAAAAGUGCUUAAGAGUGGCAGCAGGAAAAGUUUCUCUCCGUCAGGACUGAAGAUGCCAGCAGGGAAGCAAUGUGACGGGCAAUUUAGAGGCCAGAUCAGUUUAGGAAAAAAGGUGGAGUCUAAUAAUAAAGACAGUAUAUCCGAGUGUACACGACCUUGUGACACAGGUUGCAAGAUCUGGAGUAAGACAGAAGGUGAGGACAAGCGUCCCCUCUUGACAGGACCGGCCAGCCGUGCGACCUCUCGGAGCCCAGUAAGUGAGACCCCGAAGGAGUCAGAAGCUUCUUUCGACAUUUCCCUUCAGAAAAAGUUAGAGAGCUGGGAACGAGAAAAGGAGAAGGAAAAUCUGGAGUUAGAUGAGUUUUUGUUUCUAGAACAAGCUGCUGAUGAAGUAUCCUUUUCUAGCAAUUCCUCAUUUGUACUGAGGAUCCUGGAGAGGGACCAGCAGACACGCCAGGGCCACCGGCUGUGCUCCACGCCCGUCAAAGCUGCGCAGCAAGAGGAGACACCUCCGCUGGCUCCUGUCAGUCACUGUCCCCAGAAUGGGGAUCCCGACCGUCCCGAGGGUGAGAGGGAGGGUGGCUGUGAGCUGGCACCCCGGCUGCUCGACUCGGCAGCAGCCCCCGAUGGCUCGCGGGGACAGCCCGCCGAAGGCCGCGAGGACGUGCUGCACACGAGCGCUUCGGAAAGUCAGACCAGCGACGACGACGAUGGCGAAGCCGGUACCAACAGCGAUGGUAGCACGGGCUCUGAGGGUCAACUUGAUGUCACCGUGAAACCAUCACCAGGGGACCCAGAAAGGGGUUCCUGCAGCCGAGAAGAGGGUCCCCGAGUCUGUGAUGGGAGGGGCCCUCUGAGGGUCACCUGCGCGCAGGCAGACGAGCAGGAGAGAGACGUUGGUUUAGAUUUGUCCGAAGAAGAAGAUGGUGGUGACGCGUCUCUCUUCAGAGGCCGCCGGGAAAAUCACGUUUCUGAUGCCUCAAGAAGAUGCUCGUCUAGAAGUGUGAGUGGAGUUGACUUUGAUGAUGAAAGGACUUGGACUGACCUGGAAGACAGCUCAUCUCAGCACGAUGUUCCCGGGAAUGAAGCCGUCGGUGGGACUCCCCGGGCGGCCUCCCCUGGGAAGAGGGAGCCGUGCGCGCUGGACAGGGCCGUGAAGAGGAAGGUGGCGCCGGGCAAGAAGGGGGAAGAGCCGAGCAAGUGCACCGGGGGCGCAAGCCCCCCUCCGACCUCCGAGCUCGUGAGGAAACUCUUCCCUUCCUUGAAACCGAAAUCCCAGUCGGACCCGCGCUCGGGAAAGGAGCCCACGGUAAACAUGAGUCAAGACCAACCACCUGGUGACAGUGCUCGAUCUCAAGUUUUGAGAGAGAAAGUUAUUGAAUUGGAAACAGAAAUAGAAAAAUUUAAAGCUGAGAACUCAUCUUUAGCUAAACUUCGCAUUGAACGAGAAAGUGCCCUGGAAAAACUCAGGAAAGAAAUCGCUGACUUUGAACAACAGAAAGCAAAAGAAUUGGCUCGAAUAGAGGAAUUGAAAAAGGAGGAAAUGAGGAAGUUACAAAAGGAACGCAAAGUUUUUGAGAAGUAUUCUACAGUUGCAAGAACUUUUCCGGAUAAAAAGGAACGUGAAGAGAUACAAGCUUUGAAGCAGCAGAUAGCAGAUUUACAGGAAGAUUUGAAAAGAAAGGAAGCAAAAUGGUGCCAAACACAAGGCCGCCUCCGAAGCCAGAUAGAAAUGCUGGUCAGAGAGAACACAGACCUCCGGGAGGAGGUGAAAGUGAUGGAGAGAUUCCGCCUGGAUGCCUGGAAGAGGGCCGAAGCCGCUGAGAGCAGCACCAGGCUGGGUCACUCCGUGAGCGCCCCGAAAAAGGAUGAGUCCGUGAAUUCAUCAGUUCGACCUCAGAAGAGUCAGAUUUCUUUGGGAACCCAGGUAGAAAAACACAGAAAGAAUUAUCUGCCAACACCAGGCGAUCCGUCUCGAAGAUCCAAGUCUGUGCCUGGUGAUUUGGGCAGUCGGGAGAAGGGACAGACGGCCUCACCCUGGGAGCCCCCUGAGCCAGUGAGCUUUCCAGAUCCUGAAAGCAUGGAAGCGGAUGAAAAAGAGAAAAAAGAAGAAAUUCAGGGAGAGAUCAGCCAUCCUGAUGGAAAGACGGAGGUGGUUUAUACAGACGGGCGCCGUCUUAUCUCGUUUCCCAACGGGACUCGAAAGGACGUGAGCGCGGACGGGAAGACGGUCACGGUCACCUUCUUCAACGGUGACGUCAAGCAGGUCACGCCCGACGGGAGAGUGGUUUACUACUACGCGGCCGCGCAGACCACGCACACCACCUACCCGCAAGGGCUGGAGGUCCUGCACUUCUCCUCCGGCCAGACAGAAAGACAUUUCCCGGAUGGAAGGAAAGAGAUCACGUUUCCCGACCAGACUGUGAAGACCUUAUUCGCUGACGGGCAAGAAGAAAGCAUUUUCCCAGACGGCACCAUUGUCAGAGCACAGCGAGAUGGAAACAAAGUCAUAGAGUUUAGUAAUGGCCAGAGAGAACUACAUACCAGCCAGUUCAAGAGACGGGAAUAUCCAGACGGCACUGUGAAAACUGUAUAUACAAACGGUCAUCAGGAAACAAAAUACACAUCUGGUCGCGUACGAGUUAAAGACAAGGACGGCAACGUUCUAAUAGACACAAGAUUGUCAUGAUCCCCCUGUGACACAUCAUGAAAAUAACACUAACUUGAUUUUCUGGUUAAACGUGCGUUUCUUACGGAUUCUGUGCUUUAACUGACAUACUCUGUGUGCGUGUGUUUAACUGGAAAAGAGUGUUUGGGUUAUCAAAUAAAACUUGAUGCUUCUUUUUA